ACAUGUAAUAUUAACAGUGCCAGCGGAGUAAUCUGAGUGCUUUAUGCGGGUUAUUACCGUUUUGUGGGCUGUGAUAUGCUCUACCUGUGCUGCAAAUCCUGUGUCGAAAUACAGGUGAUGUUCUGCCUCCUAGUGGCAGAUACCUCGUCAUUACAUGGGCAGUCAAAAAUGCCUAUAAGGUUCAGUCAUCAUACAAAAAUAAACGCAUUACGUCAGUUAACACCUGUAGUAUCAUGUUAUCUAUUUCUACAGUGAAUGGAGGAAGGUGAAGUGGUCAGAAGUUGUACUACCUUAUAGAAAUGGGUUGCAAACCUCCUUUUUUACACAUCCAAUGCUAAGAUUUCUGCUGCCAGUUGCACACAGUGGGAGUUAAUUGAUGUUUUUCUUAUGGUGAAUAAACAGUGACUUCCCUUAGAGAAGAGAACCUUGUAAAAUUCAGGAUAUUCAUACUCAGUAACUGAAAGUAAUCCACCAUGUCUCUUCAGACAAAGGGCAAAGCUUUACCUUAUCUGGCUCAUGCAGCCAGGUAUUUAACGAGGGUUGAUCAGGUGGAGCUUGUAAAAACACUCCUAUCUGAGUAGCAACAAUGUCACUGACCUGUGAACCUUGCUUGUAGGAUCAUAUAAACACUAAUAAUGAUUAUAUGGCCUCUAUAAUGGAGACUUCUGUGCAAGGUGGGCAACUUUUAACCUUGCUGAAUGUACUUUAACCCUGAUUUGUUGUGGUUAAAGAAAAACUAAUCCCUCACUAUUACAUGUUUGAUUUGCAAGCAGCAAAGUCAUGUGACUAAAACUUUGAAGGAGUAUAUAUUCUCUUCUGUUAAGAUUAGAUAAGGCUUAGAUUGUUUUAUUGGAUAUUUAUUCCUUUUUAAAACACCUAUCACAUUGCACACAGACUGGUCACAACAUAUCAAGGCAAGGAUGGGUUUAUUCUUUAUUUAAUGGCCUUUAAAAGCACAAUUUCAGUUGUACAAGUCUAUCAUAGAAGCAUUUUUACCCAAUUUCAUAACAACACUUUUUGCCAUAGAUCCUGUCGUGUCCUUCUUUUAGCCCGCCAUGGAAAAGACUCUUCUGAAACCGUGUUUGUAAAGCCUCAGUAAAUUAUAAGGUGGCAAUAUGCAACAUUAACCCGUGCAGGUUCAUUCCUGCAGUGAGAAGGCAUGUGAUGAGCAAACCAUUUUGGCUUAAUGAUAGAAAGGGUCAGUAAGUCAAUGACAGGUUAGUAGAACAACUCCACCACACUCUAACCUCACAUGCCAAAGUCUGUGUGAUUAGCGGACACGGAGAUAUGCGUGUGCACACUCCAGGAGAUCGCACUCGGAGUCACAUCUUCAGCGCUCUCUGAAGACUCAUGGCUAACGAGAAGGUAGAGAUGAGUGAAGUCGGGGCGUCUCUUCUGUCUUCAGAACACAAGCCACCUCCAGCCAAACCUCCUAACAAAUUUGAGCAGGUGUUUCAGCCAUGUCUAGGCGAGCUGGUGGGGACUACUUUCUUUGUUUUUAUUGGAUGUGUGUCAGUGAUAGAAAAUGUGGAGUCUACAGGGAGGCUUCAGCCUGCUCUGGUGCAUGGGCUGGCUAUUGCUGCUCUGGUAGCAUGCAUGGCUGAGAUCAGUGGUUCCCAUUUUAACCCUCCUUUCACCCUGGCUAUCUAUCUAUGUGGAGGGAUGGAGAUGAAUAUGGUGGCUCCAUACAUUGCAUGCCAGUUACUUGGAGGGGUGCUUGGAGCUGCGAUGGCAAAGGCGAUGACCUCGAGGGAGAACUUCAUCAAAGCCCACGGUGCUGCGUUUGCAGUGCUGCAGCCAGACGCUGAAAUUGGAGGUGCUCUUUUUGGCGAGGUCGCUAUGACUUGCCUGAUCACAACAGUGUUGCUGCUUGGAGCUUUUAAUGUUAGAACAAGAAAUCCUAUGGUGCCAUUCAUGGUGGGCUGCACUGUGAUAUUUACCAUCUUGGCUGGCGGAGAUGUCUCUGGCACCUGUAUGAACCCAGCCAGAGCCUUUGGUCCAGCUGUCGUGAGCAACUACUGGACUUACCACUGGGUCUACUGGGUAGGUCCCAUUGCAGGGGGCCUAAUAGCAGUUGCACUGGUUCGACUCCUCCUUGGAGACAGAAAGAUGCGAAUAAUCCUUAAAUGAGUUCCUGUGUUUUUAUAUGGAUCAUAAGAUUACCAUUUACAGGGCAGUUCUCACACUGAGGCAGCAAAGUGAGCGACGGUUAAUGUGGGGAGAAGCACAAAGGCAGAGCGAAAACCCAACCCCUCUCCAGUCUCCCAGGACAGGAGGCAGCGAGGGAGGGAGACAAAGGCCGGUCCUCAAUGAGCCUGAGUGCAGGAGGCCCCGCUGUUUGCCCUGCUCUGCUCCCCUAAAAGUGUCUUUCACCAGCGAUUCAAAAGCUGCGUCCCUGCUGGUGAUGCUGGAUGCCACCUUGCUGGCACAUGACAGCACUAGAGGGAUCCCACGGUGCCAGUACAGGGGUGAGGAUGCCUGUGGAUAAGGACUUAGCAGUGCUAAAACAACCACACUUCCUCAGUUCAAAGGGAAGUCGCAGGAAUUUUGAUGUGCCGCCCAGGCGGUCUGGUACAGGGACAGGAAGUCUUUGUAUCGCGGGGCACACCCUAACCAAGCUUCCCCAAAGUGUUCUGACCCUGUGAAGAGGAAGUCCCCAUCCCCAGGCUUCACGUGGCACUGCAGGUGUGUGUGGAUGUGCCCACGCCAUGACCCGACGGACAGGGAGGACCCAGAAUUAGACAGUUCUUGCUCAAACACUCCACUGCGUUGCCGGUACACCCGGGCAGCUGACACCUCCACCAGCGAUGUCUGACGUUCAGAGUCAUUGGAGACAUUCCUGAUUGAGCCUCGAACCACUGACAGGGCAAAGACCAGAACUUUGUCAUCACAGGAAGAUGUUUGUCUUUGUUUUAUCUCAAUCAAUCAGUCUUUAUUUAUAUAGCACCAAAUCACAACCAACGUUAUUCCAUGACACUUUUAC